GGAAGAGCCUCCUACGUGAGCCGGAAGUUCCUCUGAGAGCCGAAGCUGCGGUGGGGCCUCGGCCUCCGCUGUUCGCGCUGCUUGCUGCCGCUGCUGUCAUGGGCAAGAGAGACAGGGCCGACCGCGACAAGAAGAAGUCCAAGAAGCGGCACUACGAGGAUGAGGAAGAAGAUGAAGACGACGCCCCUGGGAACGACUCUCAAGAAGCGGUUCCCUCGGCCGCCGGGAAGCAGGUGGAUGAGUCGAGCACCAAAGUAGAUGAAUAUGGAGCCAAGGACUACAGGGUGCAGAUGCCUCUGAAGGACGACCACACCUCCAGGCCCCUGUGGGUGGCUCCUGAUGGCCAUAUUUUCUUGGAAGCCUUCUCUCCAGUUUACAGAUAUGCCCAAGACUUCCUGGUGGCUAUUGCAGAGCCAGUGUGCCGACCAACCCAUGUGCAUGAGUACAAACUAACUGCCUACUCCCUGUAUGCAGCUGUCAGUGUUGGGCUGCAAACCAGUGACAUCACUGAGUACCUCAGGAAGCUCAGCAAGACAGGAGUCCCUGAUGGAAUUAUUCAGUUUAUUAAGUUGUGUACUGUCAGCUAUGGAAAAGUCAAGCUGGUCCUGAAGCACAACAGGUAUUUUGUUGAAAGCUCCCACCCGGAUGUCAUCCAGCAUCUCCUCCAGGACCCAGUGAUCCGAGAAUGCCGCCUGAGGAACUCUGAAGGGGAGGCCACCGAGCUCAUCACAGAGACUUUCACAAGCAAAUCUGCCAUUUCUAAGACUGCUGAAGGCAGCAGUGGGCCCUCCACUUCUCGAGUGACAGAUCAACAGGGUAAAUCUGACAUUCCCACAGAUCUGUUUGACUUUUAUGAGCAAAUGGACAAGGAUGAAGAAGAAGAAGAAGAGACACAGACAGUAUCUUUUGAAGUCAAGCAGGAAAUGAUUGAGGAGCUCCAGAAACGUUGUAUCCACUUAGAAUACCCUCUGCUGGCAGAAUAUGACUUCCGGAAUGAUUCUGUCAACCCUGAUAUCAACAUUGACCUGAAACCCACAGCUGUCCUCAGACCCUAUCAGGAGAAGAGCUUGCGGAAGAUGUUUGGGAAUGGGCGUGCACGUUCGGGGGUCAUUGUUCUUCCUUGUGGUGCUGGGAAGUCCCUGGUUGGUGUGACUGCUGCAUGCACUGUUAGGAAACGCUGUCUGGUGUUGGGCAACUCAGCGGUGUCUGUGGAACAGUGGAAAGCUCAAUUCAAGAUGUGGUCCACCAUCGAUGACAGCCAGAUCUGCCGCUUCACCUCUGACGCCAAGGACAAGCCCAUAGGCUGCUCCAUUGCCAUUAGCACCUACUCCAUGCUGGGCCACACCACCAAAAGAUCCUGGGAGGCUGAGCGAGUCAUGGAGUGGCUCAAAACUCAGGAGUGGGGCCUCAUGAUCCUGGAUGAAGUGCACACCAUACCAGCCAAGAUGUUCCGACGGGUGCUCACCAUCGUGCAGGCCCACUGCAAGCUGGGUUUGACUGCAACCCUUGUCCGGGAAGAUGACAAAAUCGUGGACUUAAAUUUUCUGAUUGGGCCUAAGCUAUACGAAGCCAACUGGAUGGAGCUGCAGAACAACGGCUACAUCGCCAAAGUCCAGUGUGCUGAGGUUUGGUGCCCAAUGUCCCCUGAGUUUUACCGGGAGUACGUGGCAAUCAAAACCAAGAAACGAAUCUUGCUGUACACCAUGAACCCCAACAAAUUCAGGGCUUGCCAGUUUCUGAUCAAGUUUCAUGAGAGGAGGAAUGACAAGAUUAUUGUCUUUGCUGACAAUGUGUUUGCCCUAAAGGAAUAUGCCAUUCGGCUGAACAAACCCUAUAUCUAUGGGCCUACAUCCCAGGGAGAAAGGAUGCAAAUUCUCCAGAAUUUCAAGCACAACCCCAAAAUCAACACCAUCUUCAUAUCCAAGGUAGGUGACACAUCAUUUGAUCUUCCAGAAGCAAAUGUUCUCGUCCAGAUCUCAUCCCAUGGUGGCUCUAGGCGGCAGGAGGCCCAGAGGCUAGGGCGGGUGCUUCGAGCCAAAAAAGGGAUGGUUGCAGAGGAGUACAAUGCCUUCUUCUACUCGCUGGUGUCCCAGGAUACACAGGAAAUGGCUUACUCAACCAAGCGGCAGAGAUUCUUGGUAGAUCAAGGUUAUAGCUUCAAGGUGAUCACUAAGCUUGCUGGUAUGGAGGAGGAAGAGUUGGCGUUUUCGACGAAAGAAGAGCAGCAGCAGCUCUUACAGAAAGUCCUGGCAGCCACUGACCUGGACGCUGAGGAAGAGGUGGUGGCAGGGGAGUUCGGCUCCAGAUCCGGCCAGGCAUCUCGACGCUUUGGCACCAUGAGCUCCAUGUCCGGGGCUGAUGACACCGUGUACAUGGAGUACCACUCGUCACGGAGCAAGGCUUCUGCUAAACACGUGCAUCCGCUUUUCAAGCGCUUUAGGAAAUGAUGCCCACACGGUUGCUUAGUGGAAGACUUGAGUGCUGGGCAUACACAUGGGAAAGGGAUUUUCAGCGUAACGUUUUCUUUCCACAUCCAUGUACUUUCCACUGACGUUGGCCAGUCUGUUCUGAGCUCGUACCUGCCAACUCUGUUGCAGAAAAUGCAGCAAGGGCUUGCUUCCACAUUCAUGGAUCAUCCAGGGCUUAAAAAGGAGGGGAGACAAUGCUUUUCAAAUUCAUUGGGAAAUGGGUUAUUCCUGUAUAUAAAAAUUUGUAUUCAGUUCUGUGAUGUUCCAUAAAAAAAAAAAAAAAAAAUUUGUAAUAUUUAAGGCAUAUUUAUCUUAGUGUUCUCCUGAAUAAACCAAAAUGAGCAUGUAACCAC